AGUAAUUUACAAGCACGAAAAGCAAAUAAAUAACGAAAGUAUCAUCUGUGGAACGUGUCUUUAAGCUAAGUUUAACGGAAUGCGAAGAACAAUCGAGAUUUUGUCGGAACAAUGCCAUAUUUCACCUUUGAAAGCUCGGCAACCUUUGUCCUAUACAGGUUAAUUCCACACUCGAACUUCCAAUAAAAACGCACAGAAGAAACACAUUAAGAAUUUAUUAAGGUUUAUGUCACACUUAACUCGCCUCCAGAAUCAGGGUGGGUUAUUCUAAACGGUCGUGCACUGAGAGAAAUAGUUCUCAAACCUAGUUCUUAAACCUAGAAAAUAAGAAUGUCCUGGUCACAGCUUCAUGAGGUUUAUUGGUACGAUAACCCAGAAAAGACGAUCGAUUGCGCCGUGUGUAACGCGCCGUCCUCUGGCCGUCACUAUGGUGUUUUUACAUGUGAGGGGUGUAAAUGUUUCUUCAACCGUACGGUCCGCUACAAGUUGUCUUAUACUUGUGAGUCCUCUGGAAACUGUCGGAUCGACCGCCAGAACAGAACACAAUGUCAGCACUGCAGGUUCGAGAAAUGCGUCAAGGUUGGGAUGAGAAGAGAUGCAAUCAGAAGAGGACGACCCACAAAGUACUCAUAUCUGUCAAGGUCCUCCAAGUCGUUCACCUCUCAGUACGACCUUAUAACGCUCCUGACCCAGUUAGAAAGAAGUGCCAGAGCGUCCAUAACUGAUGCUCUAAGCUCCACGACCUUGAAGUCUAGUCCAUGCCAUAAAGUCUGGACCUUAUUUUCGGCCACCUUGGAAUGGGCUAAGCAGGUGCCUAUGUUUUCUAACCUUGAUAUCUGCGAAAAGUACGCCAUGUUACGAUGUUGUUGGAGUGAUUUAUUCAUUCUAGUCGCAGCCCAGUAUGAUCUACAAAUUGAUUCGGUGGCCCUCGCGUACGAGAUCGAGACAUGCGCAGGAAUGUGCAACGAACGAAAGCUUCGAUUGAAGCAGACGCUGGCCAAUUUUCAUGAGUGCUUGCUGCGCCUGCGUGGUUUAGAGGAAGCUGAAUACGCAUGUCUGAAAGUUAUGGUACUAUUUUCUUCAGACAGCGUCGAAGCUCGUUGUCUGCAAGACGCUGAAACAAGUCAAGAGGUUGUUUUAUCUGCCAUGGAACGCUACUGCAAGAACCGUUUUCCCACGGAAACGUUCAGAUUUGGCAAAAUACUCCUCAAGCUGAUGGGACUUCGAGCAGUGAACGCGACCGAUUUGGAAUUCUUGUUCUUCUCCAAAAUCCUACAUCACACAUCUAUCGCUGGCGUCAUUGGAAACCAGCUUGUUAGCGAAUUACCCUCUCCUGACUCGUCUUUUAAAGAGACAAGCUUCAAAAGCCACAAGUAAAAAACAAAACCAGCAAACA